AUGAAGGAAAGAAAUGAAACGGCUGUGUCUGAAUUCAUCCUACUGGGAUUUUCCAGCCUUGGUGAGAAACUGCAAAUUUUCCUCUUCCUUGUUCUUCUCCUCACCUACCUGUUCACAGUAACAGGGAACGUGGUCAUCAUUUUCAUAGUGUGGGUGGAUCGCCGACUCCACUCUCCCAUGUAUUUUUUCAUCGCCAAUUUGUCUUUCUUGGAAAUCUGGUUCACCUCGGUCAUGAGCCCUAAAUUGAUGCUGAACGUUCUGUCAGUCAGCAGAACCAUUUCAUUCCACGGCUGCAUGGCCCAGACCUUCUUCUAUUUUGCCUUGGGUUGUACAGAGUUCUGCCUCCUAGUGGUCAUGUCCUUUGAUCGCUAUGUUGCCAUCUGCCGCCCUUUGCAAUACACCACCAUCAUGAAUCAGAGAUUCUGCGUCCAACUGGUCCUUGGUUCAUGGGUGGAAAGCUUUGUAGUUGUCAGUGUACGUAUGGUCCUGAUUUCGAAGCUGAGAUUCUGUGGGCCGAACGUGAUCAACCAUUUCUUCUGUGACAACAAACCCCUUUUCCAACUCUCCUGCGCUGACACCAGUGGGGUUAGAAAGGUGGAUUCCAUUAUGAUCUCAACUGUAGUCCUGAGUUCAUUAUGUUUAACCAUGUUGUCUUAUGGAACCAUCUUCUUCUCUAUUCUGCGAAUGCCAACAGCCACAGGCAGACAGAAAGCAUUUUCAACCUGUGGUUCCCAUGUCACAGCUUUAGCAAUUGUCUAUGGAAGCUGCAUUGUUUUGUAUGCCAGGCCUUCAGGAAGUGCCUCCUCGGAUGUCAACAAAGGGGUGGCUCUGCUGAACACCGUACUGUACCCUUUCCUCAACCCCUUUAUCUACAGCCUCAGAAACAAGACUGUCAAACUCGCCCUGAGAGAAGCUUUUAGUCGGGGAACAGCAAAAUUAUUCCCCAAUCUAUGA